CCCGGGAAGCUCGUCUUCUGUUCACUUUCUCCCUCUCCUCGUCUAGGCUUUCUAGCUUUCGGAAUUCAGGCGGUAAAGCCGGGCUCUUCUCUUUGCUCUUCGCUGCUUCUGUUCUUCGGCAAGUUCACUCUCAGAGUCAGCAGGAUUUUGAAACUACUCUUGAAUUAAGGAUUCCCACAUCCUAGGGUUUUCGCCAUUCGACGGGAAUCGCGGAUGUUUUUCCCCCUCCGCCAGUCCCGUUGAUUAAGCUGCAGCAGCAGUAGAGGGAAGUAGGACGGAAGAGGAGGGAGAGGAAGCGAUGAGGCGGGACGGUGGCGGGGUUGAGGUUUUGACGUUCGAUUAUUCUGUGGAGAAUCACUUCAAUGCAAUCGACACAAUUUCCGAGCUCUGUGGCGAGCCCGGCGCCGGUGUGCCUCUCGACGAAGCGGAAAUUCAGCGUUUGUCGCCGUCGAUCACAUUCCUAAAAGAAUGGCGGAAUUACACUUAUCCUCCGAGGGAUUUUAGGUUUUCCUCUGAAGCAGAAAGUGCGCCUGGCGAGGAAGGCGUUGCAUGUGACUUAAAUUUGCCUCAGUUUUCCUCCGCCGCUGUUGCCGAGAAAGAAAAAUUGCAUGGGAGUACCACAUCAACGAGAUCCAGCAAUGACUUCGUGAUGUAUGUUGGGGGACCUGUUUGGUCAUUGGAUUGGUGUCCUCGAAGUCAUGAAGGACCUGACACUAAGGUUAAAUCUGAGUUUGUUGCUAUUGCUGCCCAUCCUCCUGGCUCCAGCUAUCACAAGAUAGGAGCUCCUCUUGUUGGCAGAGGCAUCAUUCAGAUCUGGUCCGUUCUCAAUGUCCAUCAGAAUAAAGAGGAAGAGCCUUCGGGUAUCAAACAGCCAAAUUGGACAACCAAGUUGGUGAAAUCAAUUGAACCAAAGAGGCCACGAGGAAGACCUAGGAAGAAGCCAGUAGAUGAUUGCACUGAAGCUAAGAAGCCAAAAGGAAGACCCAGAAAGAAGUCAACUAAUGAACCAGUGAACAUGAUAACUGAUGGUUUGAAUUGUGAUGACCAAAAUGCUUUAGCUCUCGUUGUUGAAGAUCCUAACAGUUCAUGUCAACAAGGAAGACCUCGGAAGAAGCAGGUGGAUGAAUCCGCUCAAGUCAAGAAGCCAAAAGGAAGAUCCAGAGAGAAGCUAAUUGAUGAACCAAUGAACAGGCUAACUGACGAUUUAAAUUUGGACGACCAGGAUGUUCAACCUCUUUCUGUUGCAUAUCCUAGCAUUUCACGUCAACGAGGAAGAUCUAGGAAAAAGCACGAGGAUGAUUGUACUGAUGUCAAGAAGCCAAAAAUAAGACCCAGAUCCAGAAAGAAGUCGAUUGAUGAACCAGUAAACAAGCAAACUGGUGCAUUAAAAUUAGAUGACCAAGAUGUUGAACUUCUUGUUAUUGAAUAUCCGAGCAGUUCAAGUCAGUUGCUUGUUAAAGGAAAAGAUUCAGCAGAUACACAAGGGCAGAGGCCACAGAAGCAAGAGGUUAGGAGAAGAAAAACACUUAACAGGGCAGAACCUGCAUGCACUCCAAAAGAUGGUUCAAAGAGUAGAUUGUUGAAGCUGAAGAAAAUUGCAUGGAGCAAGUCUGAUGAUUCUGUAUGCCCAUCAUUAUUGAGUCAAAACGGCGAGUCUUCCACUCCAAAUCACCAAAUGAAUGAGGCCGAACACACUUGCACGUCAAAUGAUGGUUUGCAGUCUGGAGGAUUGAAACGUAAGAGAAGUACAGCGAGUAAGUCUGAUGAUUCUGUAGGCCCAUUAGCAAUUAGUCAAAACUGCAAGCCUUCUGCCCAGAAUCACCAAAUAAAUGAGAAGUCCAGGCAGGAUGUUGUGGCUCUUGAUUUUGUUCCAGAUCAUGUCACCUCAGACAUCAGUCACCCUACACGUUCUAUUCCGAAAGACGUAGCUUUACCACGAGUUAUGCUGUGCCUAGCUCACAACGGAAAAGUUGCUUGGGAUGUGAAAUGGAAACCUUGUACUGCAUCCAGUGCUAAUUGCCUGCAUCGUAUGGGCUUUCUGGCUGUGUUGCUAGGAAAUGGGUCUCUAGAAGUAUGGGAUGUCCCUCUUCCUCAUAUUAUCAAAACGAUUUAUUCUGUUUCCCAUGGGGAAGGCUGUGAUCCCCGUUUUGUUAAGUUGGAGCCCAUAUUCAGAUGUUCGGUUCCGCAAAGUGGACAUGCAAAGAGCAUCCCUCUGACAGUAGAAUGGUCAUAUUCGCGACCCCAUGAUUACAUACUUGCUGGGUGCCAUGAUGGAACGGUUGAUUUGCUGCUUUGGCAUGACGGUGCUUCUAGGACCCAACAGUAGGAGAUCCUUUGAGUACAGAAUGUAUACCUACUCACUUUGACUUCAAUACCUAUAAUUUAAGUUCAGGUUGCUUUGUGGAAAUUCUCGACGAGUGGAUCAUCUGGAGAUACAAGGCCUCUGCUCUGUUUCAGUGCUGAAACAGGCCCUAUUCGAGCCAUCUCAUGGGCACCAGCUGAAAGUGGUGAAGCUAGUGAACAUGUAAUACUGACAGCUGGACAUAAAGGCUUAAAGUUUUGGGAUUUGCGUGAUCCAUUCCGACCACUCUGGGAGUUCCGACCAGCACCAAGUUUCAUAUACAGUGUGGACUGGGUCGCACAUCCAAGUUGUGUAUUGUUAUCCUUCGCGGAUGGAAGAAUCAGACUUCUUAGUUUGGUGAAGGCUGCUUAUGAUGCCCCUGUCCAUGGAAAGCCGUCUGUGGGACCACUACAACAAGGAAUGCACAUUUUUGAGUGUUCAGCCUUUGCCAUCUGGAGCGUUCAGGUGUCUAGACUAACAGGGAUGGUAGCAUAUUGCUCCGAGGAUGGUAUCGUUAGCCGCUUCCAGCUUACGAGUAAAGCAGUGGAGAAAGAUCCAUCAAGAAACCGAGUCCCUCAUUUCGUAUGUGGGACGCUGAGUGAGGAUGCAUCUGGUCUAUUGGUCAACACCCCAUUACUGAAUACCCUAACUUCCAAGAAACCACCGAGGGUUACGGGCAACCCUCGGUACCUGCAUGGGUUAUUAACUUCCUUGACCAAGGCCGAGAAGGAGAAAGACCCACCAUCGUCUAACAGUGAUAAUAACAAUAAAGAGCUAGCUUUAUUCUCGAGCGAUAAUGUUCCAAACGAGAAGUCUGGACCUGAAGAACCUUUGAGUGAAUUGAGAAAGGGGAAGAAGAAAAGCUCCAACACAGGAAAGACACAGAAUGGGAAAUGCGUAGAGGAGCAAGACACACCGGCGGAGGAAGAGACCGUAGAGGCAGAAGAAGAGAACAAUACUGGACGUUUGCCGUCUAAACUUGUUGCCAUGCACAGGGUCAGAUGGAAUAUGAACAGAGGCAGCGAGAGAUGGUUGUGUUCGGGAGGAGCAGCAGGCAUCGUCAGGUGCCAAGAGAUUGUGUUGUCUGAUAUUGACAUGCUUGUGGCCAAGAAACGAUAGGCCAAAGUCCAAAGCCUUUUCUUCUUGUGUAACUAUUAUUAUGUGAUUUUAAUUUAGGUUGAUUCGUGAUAUUUUCCCCAGUUUGAUGUCAAGUAAUGUGCAUUCCCUGUUGUAGUUGAUGCUUGCUUACAUCAUUCUCACUGAAUCCACCGAACAUCGCAAUGGCGACCGAUCGGCUUCCACAAGGGGGCGUAAUUAUCGGUUGUGGAAGUGGAUGCUUUUGCUUCCGUUGUAAUUAACUAAUUAUUAUUAACAAUUCGUGUAAUAGUCAAAACUCAAAUGAAUGUUUACCCA